UCUUCAGCUUCGAGCAUAUACGAUUACAGUCGGCUUGUCUUGGUUUAAGAUCUUCGAAAAGUGAAUAAACGUCAUUUCCCUCGAUUAUUCCCUCAUUUGCGGCCCAAGUUUGAAUCUUUUUGGCAUCGUUAAUCUCAAUUCUCAAGAUAGUUAGAUUGGUGAGUUAGGUACUCUUUUUAGCUUGGUUAAAUUCUGGGUUUGUCUUGUUUUUGGGUCACACUCAAAUUAGGUUAAAUUUUAUUCUUAAAUUAGGAGCUUUGGCGGCAGUGAACCAUGCUCGGUCAUAGGAUCUCAAGAUUUGGGUCUACCAUUGUUAAACAGCUCGCAAGAGAGGGAUAUAUAUCAACAUACGGGAGAAGGAAUCUACAACGGUCGUAUGGCCACUACUUGCCGUCUUUGCCAGUGGUACCAAGGCAAGCUAGGACUUCUCAGGAAGCCUGGUUUUUGAAGAGCCAUAAGUUUUGUACUUCUUCAUCAACUUCCUCUGAGAAUGGUGAUGAAGAAACUGAGAAGAUAACCAUUAUCUUUGUUGAUAAGGACGGAGAGGAAAUUCCUGUUAAAGUACCAAUUGGAAUGUCUGUGCUCGAAGCUGCUCAUGAAAAUGAUAUAGACCUCGAAGGGGCAUGUGAGGCUUCUCUAGCGUGUUCAACGUGUCAUGUGAUUGUGAUGGAUACGGAAUACUAUAACAAACUUGAAGAACCAACUGAUGAAGAGAAUGAUAUGCUUGAUCUUGCUUUUGGGCUCACAGAAACGUCACGACUCGGAUGCCAAGUCAUUGCAAGACCAGAGCUAGAUGGUGUGCGCUUGGCUAUUCCUUCAGCCACGAGGAAUUUCGCGGUUGACGGAUUUGUUCCAAAACCUCAUUAGUUUUCGCAGAGAUUCUUCGACCUGAGGCAUUAAGGAUCAAAGAGCUGAUUCAUGUUUCUAUUGGAGUUUUGAUGAUUGCUUACCGAGAGGAAACAGUUCUUGGACCUGAGGCAUUAAAGGAUCAAAUAGAUG